AUGAUUUCAGGUCGGUGUGCAGCUUGUAAGAAUCAAAGAAGAAAGUGUCCUUCCGAUUGCAUUUUCUCUCCCUAUUUUCCUCCCAAUGAUCCUGAAAGAUUUGCUUGUGUUCAUAGAAUAUAUGGUAGCAGUAACGUUGGAAAAAUGCUUCAGCAGAUCCCAGUGCACAUGCGAGCACAAGCAGUGGAUACCUUAUAUUUUGAAGCAAGAUGCAGGAUAGAAGAUCCUGUGUAUGGUUGCGUUAAGCUUAUAUCUCAGUUGCAUCAGAACUUACAUGAUACAGAAAGCGAACUAGCCAGAGUUCAAGCUCUUAUUGCAUUCCACAAGCUUCAAAUCACACAAGUUGAACUUCAUCAACCCACCUUGGAUGCAUCACAGAGCAGCAUCGAGCAGUUUCAGAAUCCUUGGUUUAUUAAUUAG